CCGGGAGCACAGAGCUAGUGCAACCAGGUACACUAGGAGCAGUAGGGAUACGGUUACCAUCCAGCGAGGCCUCAUGGGAGACGGCAAGGUGGAGAUCCGGGAGUAUGACCCGUCGGACCGCGCCGGCACCGAGGCCGUCGACGGAGAGUGCGAGCUCGGCCAGCCCGGCGGGAUGUCCCUCCACGCCGACCUGCUCGGCGACCCCCUUGCCCGCAUUCGACACUCGCCGGCGUUCGUCAUGCUGGUAGCUGAAACGUCUGUCCCUGGCGGGCGGCGGAUCGUCGGCGUCAUCCGCGGCACGGUCAAGUCCGUCGCCACCGGCAAGAGCUGCCCAGGCGCCCCAGCCCUCGCCAGCGUCGGCUACAUUCUCGGCCUCCGCGUCUCGCCUUCCCACAGGAGGAAGGGCAUCGCGCUGAGCCUGGUGCGGCACCUCGAGCGGUGGUUCUCGCUCAUGGGCGCCGAGUACGCCUACAUGGCCACGGACAAGUCCAACGAGCCGUCGGUCCGCCUCUUCACGGCGCGGUGCGGCUACUCCAAGUUCCGGACGCCGUCGCUCCUCGUGCACCCCGUGCACGCGCACCGCCUCCGGCCGCCGCGCCGCGCCAGAGUUUUCCCCCUGGACGCGCGCGAGGCCGAGCUGCUGUACCGCCGCCGGUUCGCGCAUGUCGAGUUCUUCCCGGACGACAUCAGCGCCGUCCUCGGAAACAAGCUCUCCCUGGGCACCUUCCUCGCCGUCGUUGACCACGGGUACCAGUGGCACGGGGUCGAGCAAUUCCUGGCGUCGCCGCCCGCGUCGUGGGCGGUGGCGAGCCUGUGGGACUGCGGCGGCGUGUUCCGCCUGGAGAUGCGCGGCGCGUCGCUCCUCCGCCGAGCCGCAGCGGCCGCGAGCAGGGCGCUGGACCGCGCGGCCAAGUGGAUGCGCGUGCCGUCAGUCCCUGACUUCUUCCGCUCGUUCGCCGGCUGGUUCGCGUACGGCCUAGGCGGCGAGGGCGCCGACGCACCGGUGGCCGCGGAGGCGCUGUUCGCGACGUUCGUGAACAUGGCGCGCGGCAGGGCGGCAGCCGUGGCAGUAGAGGUGGCCGCCCUCGACCCGCUCCGCCUCCGGUUGCCGCACUGGCGAAGCUUGUCGUGCCCGGAGGAUCUGUGGUGCAUGAAGCAGCUGCGAGGCAGCACCGACGGCUGGGAUUGGGCCAAGUCAGCACCUGGGCUGUCCAUCUUCGUGGACCCCAGAGAGGUGUGAUUGACUCGGUAGCGACCGUAACUAGACCAGCUAGAGCUAGGGGUUUAGCUUGGAUUUAGCAAUUUCUUUUCUAUGGUUAGUUUUGGUAGUCCAGAUUUUGUAGGACUCUUUUUUUAGGUUGUAGAAACCGUUGGAGGCUGUGAACCGAUCGAUCGAUCCGUCGAAUCGACGAGAAAGAGAUGCGACAGAGACGGCGAAAGCAUGUUCAAUGAGAUAUUGUCAAGCAGUUACUAGAUGCUAA